AUGUUUCAAAUCGGUUUCCUGCUCUGCCUGGUAGGGCUCACUGUGGGCGGCCCAGCAGUUACAAAGACGAGGGAGGAAAUCGAGUCCUUCAAGAAUUUCUUGAAAAAAUCUCGUACAGAAAAUGAUGUCCGCCUCUCAGAGCGCAUGCUUGCUAACCCGCUGGCUAGUGCGUGGCAGAACAGUGGCAAGUUCGAAGGUGACAUCUUGUUGGACGACUGGCAGGUGGAGGGUAUAGUGCAGGAGUUCGCUGCCGGCAGGAAUGCAUACGUCUGGCCAAAUACCAACUGGCCAAAUAACACCAUUGUUUACGAGUUUGCUCCGGGUGACUUCAAGAAGCGGCAACAACGAGCUAUUUUGAAAGCUAUGCGAGAUAUUGAGAAGAAGACCUGCCUUAAAUUCCGUCAGAGAAGUCCCGGAGAGUUCAACUAUGUGAAAAUUACGGGUGCCGAAGACGGAUGCUACGCCGAUGUCGGUUACUGGCAUAGGCGUGGUCCGCACAUUCUCAACUUGGCCCGUGACCGCCCUGGCAGAGGUUGCUUUCUUUAUACCACUAUAAUCCACGAGUGGUUCCACAUCCUCGGCUUCUACCACAUGCAGUCCACUUACAAUCGUGACGACUAUGUCCGCGUUAUAUGGGAAAAUGUUGAACCAGGCAUGGAGUUCAACUUCGAAAGCUACGAGUCAAAUAUCGUACAGAACUUGGACUUGCCGUAUGAUUACACAAGCUGCAUGCACUACGGUCCCUACAGUUUUAGUGGCAACGGCAACCCUACUCUCGUACCACUGCGUAGUUUCGAAGGCGAAAUGGGCCAGGAAGACUACGUGACUGAAUAUGAUUGGCUCAGGGUCAAUAGACACUAUAACUGUCCAGGUGCUUGGUCUACCGAUGAACCUGAAUUACAUUCGGAACCAGUAGAGAAUGAAACAGUAAAAGUUGUUGAAGAAGAAACUCCUCUAGAUGUAGAAAAUGAUGCUUAA